UUUUCAAAUUUAUUAAAGAGCAGCAAUGGUCAACAGUGAUGAUGUCAAGAUCGCCGUUAUCGGUGGUUCAGGUCUUUACAAUCUCGAAGGUUUGGAAGUGGUUGAAGAAGUCAACCCUGAAACUCCUUGGGGUUUUCCUAGUGAUAAAAUCAUCAUCUGUCGUCUUCCCAGUGGCAACAAGGUAGCAUUCUUGGCUCGCCAUGGUCGUGGUCACUACUUGACACCCACUGAAGUCCCUGUGCGAGCCAACAUUGCUGCUCUCAAAUCACUCGGUGUCGAAGCCAUCAUUGCCUUUUCUGCUGUUGGUUCUUUGCGGGAAGAAAUUCCUCCUUGCGAUUUUGUUUUACCUGAUCAACUUAUUGAUCGUACCCGUGGUUUACGCCCCUCCACUUUCUUCGGUGAAGGUAUGGUCGCUCAUGCCGUCUUUGCUGAUCCCUUCCACGCCGGUCUCGCUGAUAUCAUUGCACAACAUGAAAAGGUACUAGAAUUCGGUGCAAAGCUUCACCGUAAUAAGACUGCUGUUUGUAUGGAAGGUCCUGCCUUCUCCACUCGUGCUGAAUCUCACAUGUAUCGCAGCUGGGGUGGUGAUAUCAUCAACAUGAGUGCGUUGCCCGAAGCCAAGUUGGCUCGUGAAGCAGAAAUUGCCUAUCAGAUGGUCUGUAUGUCGACUGAUUAUGAUUGUUGGAGAGAAAAUGAGGAAGUGGUAACAGUCGAGACAGUGAUGCAGAAUAUGGGCAAUAAUGGCAAGAAUGCAAAGAAUUUGUUACAUGCUAUUUUGCCUGAUAUUGAACAAGCAGUGAAUGCAGGUACUUUGAUGCCUAACUAUAAGGGAUCCAUGAAGUACGCUGGUAUGACCGCACCUGAAAAGAGAAACCCUGAGACUGUUCGUAAAUUAGAAUACAUUUUACCCGGUUAUUAUUCCUAAGGAGAACUCUUUUUUUGAAAGUAGAACUUAAUUAUUAUGGCAUAUGAUACACAACUUUUAGACAUAACAAUCGACUUUAUGUAAUCAUACAUUCAGUAAAUAUAGAAGGUUUGAAAAGCGGAAUAACGCUUGCUCUUCGGAGAGGCAAUGUUUUUUUGUUUUUUUUGGUUUUUUUUUUU